AUGACCGAAAGCCAAACACCACUAGGAUUAAUUGAUGAGAUCUUUGGACCAGUCAAAAAUCCUUAUUAUAUCGUGAGAUUUAAUUCUGAAAAGGAAGUCCCUGAGGGGAUCCAUGGGGGCACUUUGAUCUCUUGUGUUCCCGAAUUUGCCAGUCAUUUGCUUAAUAACAAGGAUCUUUACAAGAAAGGAUAUGAUGCGUCUGGUGCAAAUGAUGAAGAGGUGUCCGAUGAAGAAGAAUUUUCAGAUGAUGAGAGAGAGGCCGAAUACAAGAGAAUGCAAAGAACGACAAAGAGAGGCAUAAAUAGUCAAAAUCCUGGGAAGAGGAAAAACAAUAGAAAGAAAGUUCCACAAAAAGAUGGUUUCGUGCCUGCAUUCCCUGUAGCACCUGCGACGCCAUUGCUUGAUCAUGGACAUUGUUCAUCAUUUUCAGGCAUUGGACAAGGCCUUUCUGGGCCAUUUCCUCCCGCAAAUGCAGGGCCUAACUCAACUACAAGUGGAGUUUGGACAAAUCGGACAGCACUUCCGCUGCCACAGUCUGCAAUGCUUCCUAAUGGAUAUCCUACAAAUGGUGUAUCAUGGUACCUAGAAAAUAAUCAAAUUCCUCAUCAGUUGCCUGUUGCAGGAAUUCCAUUUCAACAGCAGUUAAAUCCCAGCCACGGGUUUCCUCCACCACCUAUAUUUCCUAGAGUACAGCCCAAUAUAUUUGCACAACCCAUGUAUGCACAAGGACCUGUGGAUCAAAACCAAAUUACAUUUGGGUUGAGCUCACCCUUCCCGCAGAUUCAACCAAAUAUAAAUGUUCAUUCUAGUUCUAUUCCUUUCAAUCAGUAUACUCCCCAUCAAUUUAAUCCAGGCGCAUCUGCUAACCACGGGAGAAAAACAUUUCAAAGAGGUGGUAGGAAAGGCUGGCGACCAGCCAAGUGA